AUGGAGACAAAACAAGAAAAGAAGCUGGCAGCCGACCAGCCGCUGUUUGAUCGGUUUAGCUUCUUUUCGUCAAAAACGCGACAAGCGAUCGCCUCGUCCACCUGGGAUGGUCUGUUCCCCAGCGGAAACAUCGACCAUAUCUUCCAGGAGAAACAUAAAAGUCGUCCCGAUCCCAACGAACCGAUUUGGUGGAUUGACAUCCGCGACGCCACUGAACAAGAUGUCGACGCUGUCUCGCAAGCCUUGUCCAUCCAUCCCCUGACGGCGGAGGAUAUUGUUAUUCGUGAACCUCGAGAGAAAGUUGACGUCUUCAAGAAUUACUACCUGAUUUCGUUCCAGACUCUCGUGGAAAACAAGGCCAAAGGGGAGCGACCGGGGGUUCCCAUCUCGGCUGCAUUAUACAUUCUUGUCUUUCAAUAUGGCGUGGUCACCUUCUCGCCUAGUGGUUGUGGACACGUCGUUCGGGCGCGAGAACGGAUUCGUAAAAUGCAUGAUCCCUCUAUAUUGACUAGCGACUGGGUUUGCUAUGCAAUGAUAGACGAAAUCAUCGAUAGCUUCGAGCCAUUUGUUCGGGAGGCGGAGCGUGAGUCCGAGGCAAUCGAGGAUCAAGUCUUCAUUAGUCGCAUCGACGACGCCCAAGCUCUCAUUCCGCAAGUCGACGUUCUGCGCAAGAAAAUCACUCACAUCAUCCGCUGCCUCAAUGGCAAGGUCGACGUGUUGAACGGAUUUGUGAAGCGCUGUCAGUCGCCUGACAAGCACCCUGUCUUCCCCGACGGUGAUCUGCUUCUAUAUCUCGGCGAUGUUCAGGAUCAUUUGGUCACAACGUUGUCGACUCUCGGGCACAUCGAUGAGAUUAUUGGUCGGUCCCAGGCCAAUUAUCUGGCCCAGAUGAGCGCUACAAAUCUCCGAUUGAGUUUAACCAUCAACUCUGGUUUGAGCAAGGUCACUCUUCUGGCUACUAUCUUCGUGCCGUGCCACCUAGUUACGGGUCUGUGGGGAAUGAACGUCCCUGUCCCGGGGCAAGAUGCUAAUGGGCUGGCGUGGUUUCUUGGCAUCCUGGGUGGUUUUGUGGCAUUUAUGGUUAUUUGUAUCGGCGUGGCUGUGAGGUAUAAACUCCUGUAG